AUGCCUAUAAAUAAGCUGAUGUCGAGCAGUAUCUAUGACUAUAUUGACCAUAGCAUUGAGGUCCUUCACGACAAGUAUCAAGAGGAACAGGUUGAGGAAAAUGAUGCUGAUGCUGAUGAGGAAAAUGAUGCCGAUGCUGAUGAGAACAAUGAUGAUGGGUUAUCUGUUGGCAAGAAGCUAAGGCCAUUCUGUCACAAGGUGCUUGUCCACCCAUCACUGCAAAGCUGGAUUAAAUGGGCUCUACUAUUUAUGGUGUUUAGAGUCAAAAACCCAAUACAAUGGGCAAAUUUCUUAUCACUCAACAAACCAAUACGGCAGAUUCUUUACCACUACAAAACCCAGUUAAUGAAGCUAUUACGAGUGAAACAACAAAACAGGAAUGAAUUCCAAUUGCUAUUAAAGAAGUUUUCAAAUUUUGUAACUUGCACUUUUCUAUACAAGGCAACUUUGGAUAAUUAUUCAGUGCCCAAGGAUUAUUUUAUUGUCGAUUUUUUUAGCAACUACUAUGGCCAAUUGAACCCGCCUUCAAAGAGCCAAAUCUUGGUUGAGCCAAAAGUAUCAAAAUAUGUCAAGCUAUCUACUUAUAAAAAGUGCAGAUACUAUAAACAAUUGAGAUCUAUUUACGAGAAUAAAGAGUUUGUCAUUUUCCCCUUGUUAUAUGCUCAAAUAUUGAGUAAUUAUCUAACACCUACUAAAUAUAAACUUAACCAGCGGUACUUGUCGUCAUUCAUCAAGAAAAAUUUUUUAAACCCUAUAUGGAUCAACUUUACGUUGGGUAGAAAAUAUUAUAGAAUCGACUGGUUCAACCUACUAGUAACAUACCUUUUGCAAAAUUUCGUUUUGGGAGUGGUUAUUGCAGGGUACAAUUUUAAAGAGAUGCUACUAGAUAAGCUCUACGAAAUAAAACAUGGCAAAAGAUCGGCAGACUCACAGUCUUCAAUUUUGAGAAAUUAUCUAAUAUACUGCUUACACAGAUCAAAUUCAAUUUUAAACUUUAUUUAUUGUCCUAAUUUGCUAUCAAUCUUGCUAAUCAUAUUAACGGCUCCAAUAUUCAAGUUAUUGAACCCAUUAAGUGGACAAAUGUCACUUAAUACUUUACAAAGUUACUAUUUGAAGAACUCAAAGACGUUUUUCAAAACUUAUACCAAGUUGAUUGGGUUUACUGCUGGGUUUGUAACUAUUUGUUUGAACGCGUUGAUCUUAAUCCCAGAUAUAGGCUAUGAUAAUAUUGACUCAACUAGUGGUGGUGGUGGUGGUGAUGAUGAUGAUGAUUAUACAGAUUUUAACCAAAACUCCAUCAACCCGGUAAGAUCACUAUCCAAGGAAUUUUUGAAUAGUUUAAAUUUGUAUUUAUUCAGAGUGAUAUUACUUUCUAAAUGGAGAAUAACUAAAGAAAACCUUCCGCUUUUCCAAAAAGUCAAGAUGUCAACAUACAAUAGAAUUGAAACAAUAUUGAUGUGUUUUGGUUUUUUCAAAUUCAUGAAUUUGAAUGAUUUCAUCAAUGGAAAAAGAGCAGUUGAAACAGACCGAAUAUCAAAUGAUAAUAUGAUUAAAAUGGCACAAUUUGUAAUGUAA